AUUCAAUGCACUGGUGCAAUACUUGUAGUAGUAAUAUAUGGAAAAGCGUAUAUCUCGUGGGUAUCACACCGAUUUACGCGAUUGACGAUACUGCCUCCUUUGGAAGCAAACGUGUUCUGGGUCAAGCAAACGUUAAAACGCCCCCCUUAUAGGGCUUGUGUUAUGCCGUGUUCUGGGUCAUGAAAAUUGAGAGCGAUUAGAACCAUGUCUACCGAUUUCUGUUUCGAGCAUUCGGAGAUCAGCAUAUUGCCUCUUGAUAACUCCAAAUUUGAGGCUAAAGAGAUUGUGAGUGAGUCUGAAAACGAAUCUGUCCGCCAAUCGCCUUGCAAAAAACCGAAGGUUGUCGCAGAAAAUACUGAUGGCGAGUCCGAGUAUGAUUCGCUUAGCGAUCCAGAUUCGGAGUCAGAUAUGCACCCCUAUUAUGGGGAAAUGGAAUCAGAAUGUUUUAACAUUGGUGAUGAACCAACAGUAAUUUGCAACAUGCGGAUGUAUCCAUUCGAUUUGCUAGAAGAAAAGAACAGGCGGAGGAUGAGGUUUUGGGCCAAUUAUGCUAUAUUUAUCAUGAAUGAGCAGAUCUUUGUCAAUCAGAAUCCAUAUAAGAGCCUCCAACUAAAGGAAGUAGUACGGGUUGUUUCAACUCCAAUGCCCUGCUGUGCAAUAUUCAUGACAUUCCAAGCUCAAGAUAGGAGUGGAGUGGUGUUCGACUAUGAAGCUAAAAUGCAUGACUUCUUGAUAAGUUAUCGAUUGCAGGUUGAGUUUUGCAGAGAAGUGGGAUCCAACAAAAAAAGUCAUUCCGAGAUGGAUGAUGUUUCUUCGUGAUUCUAAAGAACGUGAAUAUGUACAAUCAGAAGACGAUGUGAUCCAGUUCAAGGAUGUUGAACUUAAGGGGCGCUUCAGUCCCCAUUUUGAACAAAUUAAAAAAAGCAAAUCUUUACCGCUGCUUGUGUUCGCUGGCACCCUUCACCCAGUAGAUUGUUCAAAUGAAGAAGAAUUUCGAAGAGUCAAGUUUUGUGCCAAAUUUGCCUUAUUUCACUAUACUGCAGAAGAGGAAUCAAAGCCUACCCUCCAAUUCAAGGAAAUUGUGGAUGCUAUUAAGAGUGCAACAUCACCUAGUCAAACAUACUAUAUUACUUUCAAAGCCAAAGACACUAUGUCAAGCAACAAAGAGGUUACUUUUUAUGCUCAAGUGUUUGAUCACAUGUCAAAACAUUACUUGAAGCUGGGAUUUUGCAGGGAUGCAUCUGGGAAUAGAGUUAUUCCGCCAGAUUGGGAGUAACCAGAACAUGUAUGUUGGAUGUUACAUGUAGUAAAGAACUUGAUGUUGGCUAGUGGUUGAAUGCUUAGUAGAGUUUUUAUUCCAGGAGGUAACAUGUAGUGAAGAACUUGGCAUGGCUUGUGUAACGACUGUGAUGAAUGCUUAGUAGAGUUUUUAUUCCAGGAGGUAACAUGUAGUGAAGAACUUGGCAUGGCUUGUGUAACCAUCGUGAUAAAUGCUUGGUAGGGUUUUGACCCUAUGUUUCGUAUUUUUAAUACCCGAGUACGUAAUACGUAGUAUAUUUUUAAGGAAAAAUUGAUAGUAAUAAUCCCAAUUAUUGGCGGUCCGCUCAUAAUAAUCCCAACUAUUGAUUAUUACAGAAUAAUCCCAACUUUAGGGACCUUCCGCCAAUAAUGGUCCCUAUGAAUAAAUUCUUGUAGUUUCUAAAGUGGAUGAGAUGAGAUAUAACAAGUAAUCCCUAUAAAUAAUCUCAACUUUUAAUUUUUACGCUUAAUUUCUAUUGAAAAUUCACUUUUUAUAGAGGUAAUAUAUGGUCAUGGACCAUUAUUGGCGGAUAGUCUAUAUAGUUGGGAUUAUACAAAAAUAAUCAAAAGUUGGGAUUAUUUUCAGCGGAUCGGCAAUAGUUGGGAUUAUUAUUUUCAAUUUUUCCUAUUUUUAACCAUGUCAAAUUCAAAUGAACCUAUUUGUUGUGAUUUUGGCAAUUAUUAUGCAGUUCUGUUUAG